AUGGCCGGGACGUCGCCCAGGCCUAUAUGCGCCUGCAGCGACGGCAAAUGCUCCGGUGACUGUCCGUGCUUGGCUCUCUUUGGGGCGUGCUCGCCUCAUUGCCAAUGCAAAGGCUGCCAGGUGCAGACCCAACCAGAGAGAACGAAGGGAUGCAGCUGCAAGAAGUCCAAUUGCCUUAAGCUCUACUGCGAGUGCUUGGCGGCGCAGCGCAUGUGUGACCAUCUCUGCAAUUGUGAAGGAUGCAAGAACUGCCAGGAGACGCUGGCGGAGCGAGAGCGGGCAGUGGCUGCGAUCCUCGAGCGCAACCCGUUGGCGUUCCUGCCUAAAGUUGCGAGUGGAUCGAGUCAGCACUUGAGAGGAUGCAAUUGCCGCAAGAGCGGAUGCAUGAAGAACUACUGCGAGUGUCAUCAGGCUGGAGUGGCGUGCACGUCGCGAUGCGCGUGUCACCAGUGCCGAAACACAGAGACGUUCGUGUCCGCCAAGAAGAUGCUGGUGUUUGCAGGUGUGAGUGCUGAUGACAGCAGUCUUCGGGUUACGUUGGAUCGGCCAUCGCAGCGGAAAAUCGUAAAGCGACCAGCUCGCAGCAACGCUAAGGCUGCAAGCGCACAGAAUGGAAUGCAGACUCCGACCAACGCCUCGACUCAAAGGCCUUCGGCUUUGGAGCUGCUGUCACGAAGUGCCCCAGUCGCACACUCGAAGUUGUAUCAACGGAAUGACUCCUCUAUGGACGGACUCCCGCCGACCACGCCAACUAAACGGCCGUCUAGCAUCAUGGAACACUGCCACACAGCAGGUGGAGCUGUGGUCACACCGACCUUCGCAAAAAGGAAGUACACAAGACGGAGCUUCACAAGACUACCAUUCAUGGACCGGAUUCAGGAGGCAGCAGCUCAACCAGUCGUUGAUCUUCCCAAUGUUGAAGACGUGGUGGUCAAUGUGUACGACGCUAGGAGCACGGAAGGUGUUGGUGAUCCAGAACUCGCCAUUCUCAGCCGAGCUCUGCUGCACACUGCAAUGACCCCAGCGGAAGGUCUUAAAAUUAAUCCUCGGCGUGUGAGUGACGUCAGCGACGGCCGUGAAGCGCUGUCUCCUACGGCUGCAGGGUUGUUCUGCGAAGAAGAAUUCAACCGCUCAAAGAGUUUAAGUGCUAUGCAAGAACGCGCCGUGCUCCAGGAAUUUAGUGUUUGGCUUAGAAAUCUAGCAGCUGGGGUACCUUCGCAUUAA